AUGGAGUAUAUGAUCCGGUUGGCCCAGUGCCAUGAAACCUUUCGGGUGCCGGAACUCCAGUCCGUGGCCACUGCCGUUGGUGUCGAUCUCGAAAUUGUUUCUUACGAUGAAUUUUCACCAUACUGCAUUGUGAAACUACAGAAUGAUGAAGCAGCACGCGCAUUGAUUUCGCGCACCAUUCUAGCCAAAGAUAUCUCAGAGCUUUGGGGUCAAGGCACGAACUAUGAUGAACUGCAUGCCGACGUGCGAAAGCGGACAUCGCACCUCUGGGCCGACUAUCACGGUAUCCCGCUUGCAUUUGCCUUGUACGGCUUUUGCGGGAAGCGCAGUCAAGACAAAAGGUUAGAGAUUAUUCGUUCAUUCGCCUACAUGGGUUUGACCGGCCCAAUCCAACUCAAGAAUCCUCCCUUGCAGUUCAUCGUGAUGGAGAAGUACGUUUCGGAUUCCGAAGUAAACAUCCUAGGCGCAUCGCGGACAAAAGAACCGCGACAGGUCUUCCUUGGUCGCUUCAUUGCCAAGAGCUGCCGCGAUGCCAUUGACAAGUACGAUCUCAAGAAGCGGCAGUAUAUCAGCACGACUUCUAUGGAUGCAGAGCUCAGUCUUGUCACCGCGAACAUGGCACUUGCGGCACCUGGAAAGGUCUUUUUCGAUCCGUUUGUCGGCACGGGCAGCUUUAUGGUCACUGCAUCACACUUUGGAGCGCUGACUCUCGGCUCGGACAUCGACCCCCGGAGUUUCCGUGGAAAGGACGAGGAGAAGGAAAAGGGGAAGAAUAUCAAAGCAAACUUCAAGCAAUAUGACAUCGAGAGCAAGUUCUUGGAUGCGUUUACUUCGGAUCUUACGAAUACACCCUUGCGAAACGCUCAGUUGCUCGAUGGUAUUGUUUGCGACCCGCCCUAUGGUGUGCGAGAAGGUCUUCGGGUUUUGGGCACGCGCGAUGGGAAGGUCAUCGAGCCAGUCAUGAUCGAUGGGGUUCUUAAUUACUAUCGACCCGGAUACAUUCCUCCCAAGCGGCCUUAUGGAUUCGAAGCUUUGCAGAGAGACGUACUUGACUUCGCUGUUCGCUCGCUUGUUCCUAAUGGGCGUCUAGCGAUGUGGAUGCCCACUUCGAACGACGAGGCUGUCGAGUUCCCCGUUCCCAUGCAUCCGAACCUAGAGGUAGUCGCCGUCUCUGUUCAGUAUUUCGGCAAUUGGGCUCGACGACUGAUGACUUAUCGCCGCCUUCCUGACGGGGAGGUCUCUGACAUCUCCAAGGGACGAAGCAAGGCUGAUGAACGCGGGAUCAGCGCAGACGAACUCAAUCGGUUCCGGCGGAAGUUUUUCGCAAGAAAUUACGAAAUUACAAGCGAAGCCAAGAAAGCAGCGCAAUGA